AUGGACCCUUCGAAGAAAAAGCAGUAUCUCGCUGACAGCCCACCAUCUGUCGUCCCUCUGGCAAUCAAGCCGCACUUUGAAGCACUUGCCCACACUGAGCAGCUCUAUUCGCAUUAUAUCAGUAGUGCUUGCUUUGCUGGAACUAGAAUUGUCCUCAGACAGGUUUCCCCCGAGUCCGAGCCCAUUUACGACUUUAUCCUAAGUCUGCACAAGCAAUGCAAUGGUGACUACUCGAAGCUCAAGUCUGAGACUGGUCUUGAUGAUGAGGACAUGAACCACUGGUUGAACUACGCCGCCCAAUUUCUUGGCAAUGCCGGAAACUACAAAUCAUUCGGUGACUCCAAGUUCAUCCCUCGUUUGGCCCCAGAAAAACUUGCGGCUCUAGGAAAGGUGUCCGGCGCAUCCAAGCACUACGAGCUGUGCAAGGAUGCUUUCUAUGAGACCAAGGUUGAAGAUCUGAUGCAUCUUGGCUACCCACCUCAGCACCUCACCACUUACUACCCUGACUCUUCUGAAAUUAGCAAGGACGAGAUUGCAGCCGUGGCAGACUUUGUCAAGGAGAAUGGAAAUCUACUCCCUGAAAACACACGUCUGAAGAAGCUAUCAUCAGGAGACUUCGAACUCCUGAUCGCUUCUGCAGAAACUGAUCCUGCAAAGUCAGACAGAGAUAUUCCCGAGACCUCUUUUACACUGGAUGCCGAACCUGUCAAGGGUAAGAAAGUCACUCUCAAGUAUGGUGACCAUGCAAAGGAGAUGGAGAAGAUCGCAGCUUUCCUCACCGAAGCCAAGAAGCACUCAGCCAACCAAUACCAGAGCGAUAUGCACAGUGAGUAUGUCAAGUCUUUCAAGACUGGCUCCAUGACCGCCCAUGUCCAAUCACAGCGGCAUUGGAUCAAGGAUAAGGGACCUGAUGUCGAGUCGAACAUUGGCUUCAUCGAGACCUAUCGCGAUCCUCAUGGUAUCCGUGGAGAAUGGGAGGGCUUUGUCGCUAUGGUGAACAAGGAGCGUACUAAGGCGUUUGCUCAUCUUGUUGCUGAAGCCCCCAAGAACAUCCAAAAGCUUCCUUGGCCUGCCGAAUUUGAGAAGAGCUUCGUUGCGCCUGACUUCACUGCACUGGACGUCCUUACAUUUGCAGGAUCAGGUAUCCCUGCUGGUAUCAACAUUCCCAACUACGACAGUGUCCGCCAGGAUCCUGAAGGUGGUUUCAAGAACGUCAGUCUGUCCAACGUCCUCUCGGCCAAGCCCCCGAACGAGAAGAUCCCAUUCAUCAAGGACGAGGACAUGGAUCUGUACAAGAAGUACGCCGAUGCUGCCUUUGAAGUUCAAGUCGGUCUUCACGAGCUGCUUGGUCAUGGUUGCGGUAAGAUUCUGCAAGAGACUGAGCCUGGCAAGUUCAACUUCGAUCACAAGAACCCUCCUAUUUCCCCAAUCACGCAGAAGCCGAUCACUUCCUACUACAAGCCUGGCGAGACUUGGGGAUCGGUGUUUGGUGGUAUGGGUCCCAGCUACGAGGAAUGCAGAGCAGAGUGUGUCGCUAUGGCCCUGUGUCCUGAUUACGGCAUUCUCCAGAUCUUCGGCUUUGGCAAUGGAGAAGAGGACCUCCAUGGAGAAGCUGGAAACGUCCUUUACGCCGCAUACCUGUCCAUGGCUCGCGCUGGUGUAGCUGCUCUUCAGUUCUACAAUGUGGAAGCCAAGAAGUGGGGACAGGCACACAUGCAAGCCCGUCACGCCAUUCUCAAGGUCUUCCUGUCUGAGCCAGAGUUCUGCAAGCUCGAAUACACCAAGGAUGAUCUCAGUGACCUUACCAUCAAGCUCGAUAGAACCAAGAUCGCUACCCACGGCCGUCCUGCUGUCGAGAAGUUCUUGCAAAAGCUCCAAGUCUACAAGGCUACUGCAGACCUCAAGGCAGGUAAAGAACUGUACGAGGGUAUCACCAGUGUGGACGAGUGGUUCGCUACCAAGGUCAGACCUGCUGUUCUGGCAGCAGCUCCUCCUCGCAAGGUCUUUGUGCAGGCAAACACUUUCAUCGAGGGUGACAAGGUUGUUCUCAAGGAGUAUCCUGCUAAUCCUGAGGGUCUUAUCCAGAGUUACGCUGAUCGUGACUACAUCUGA